UCUAAUUCUCUCUCCUCCAUCAUCAUCGUCGUCUUCCCCUCUCUAAAAAGUUGAAUUCCUUUCCCUCUCUCAUUGCGAAUUCCUCAAAGGCCAAUCUUCAAAUUGCCCUAAUUCGCCACUUUCCCCAUUUGAGGAUUCCUCUGAUCCUCCUCCAUAGGAGCGCCUACAUAAUUUGUUACCGAUCCUCGUUUCCAGGGGAGAAUUUGAUCUGUGUUUUUCUUGAAUUUUGAUUUGUUUUCAAUCGAUUUGUUCUUGUUUCUCUCUCUCUCUCUCUCUUCGGAAAAGGUUAGGAUCUCGGCGACAUGAGCUUUCAAGAUAUCGAGGCUGGUCGCCCUUUUGCUUCUUCGAGGAGAGACCUCAUCAAUGGCAAACAAGAUCCCACGCAAGCCGUUGCUUCGGGUAUAUUUCAGAUUAAUACUGCCGUCGCUACGUUUCAGAGGCUUGUUAAUACCUUAGGAACACCUAAGGAUACGCCUGAGCUACGCGAGAAGCUGCACAAGACCAGGUUACAUAUUGGACAGUUGGUUAAAGACACCUCUGCUAAACUUAAACAAGCCAGCGACAUAGAUCAUCAUGCUGAAGUUAAUGCCAGCAAGAAAAUUGCAGAUGCUAAACUUGCGAAAGAUUUUCAAGCAGUGUUGAAAGAAUUUCAGAAGGCUCAACGACUUGCAGCUGAGAGGGAAACAGCAUAUACACCUUUUGUUCCCCAAACUGUUCUACCUUCUAGCUACACAGCUGGCGAGGCAGAUGCAAGCUCAGAGAAGAAUCUUGAACAGCGUGCCCUCCUUGUGGAAUCUAGGAGACAAGAGGUCUUGCUAUUGGACAAUGAAAUAGCUUUCAAUGAGGCAAUAAUUGAGGAAAGAGAGCAAGGCAUUCAUGAAAUCCAGCAGCAAAUUGGAGAAGUGAAUGAAAUUUUUAAAGAUCUUGCGGUUCUAGUCCAUGAACAGGGAGCCAUGAUUGAUGAUAUUGGAUCCAACAUAGAGGGUGCCCAUGCUGCAACGUCACAGGGAACAACUCAGCUUGUAAAAGCUUCAAAGACACAAAGAUCAAAUUCAUCUCUGGCUUGCUUACUUUUGGUGAUAUUUGGUAUUAUUCUCCUCAUUGUGAUCAUAAUAGUUGUUGCUUAAAAGAAGUUUGCAUUGACUUGACGCAAGAAACUUGCUGCUGGUUGUAGCAAGAAGAUCAAUUCUCCUGUUAGUUUGUUUUGAUAAAGUUUACAUUGUUCUUGGAUCCUGCCUUCGGGGGGAAGGGAAGGGGUUGUGAAGAGGCUCUAUGUAUACAAUGUCGAUACGCCUUCAGAGUAUACACCUCGCUUCUGUCGGGUCGACCAUCCUCUUCCAUUUGGAAAUGUCAUAACCUCUUUGUGUGAAUGUGUGCAACUUGCUUGUUUCUUCUUCUUUUACUUUUUAUUUUUUUUAAUUAUUCAAUUAUAUUGAUAAAUUAUUUUUUUUCCUCACUUAGCUGUUCUGUACUGUUGCACACAAAGCAUUUACCUCAUUUGCACCUUGGCUGGUAAAAUGAGAGGAGAGAGAGAGGGGUUUCACUCUCUCUCUCUCCCCUCUGUGUCUGUCUGUAAUAAAUAGAAGGGUUUGGUCUGUUC